AUGAGUGAAAUGCGACUGGUUCAAGGCAGUUCGCUUGAACCAGAAGAGUUGCUUGAAACGGGGGCUAGGAACCCUCCCCCACCCUCCCAUCAGCUGAGCCUCCCCUUUGUUUUCCGCCCUGCAGAGGCCGAGGGGGCCAACCUGGGGGAGACCUUCUCCCAGAACGGGUUGCUGCCCCAGACGCCGGAGCAGGAAAGAUACCUCAAGAAUCACUUUGAAACUCUGGCCGGGGACUCCCUUGAAGAAAAAUUUGACGGUUGUAUAAGAGAUCGGCAGCCUUUUGAAGACAGUGAGGACGGGGGAAGCCCACUUCUGAAUCCUCGCCUGAGCAUCUCCGCCAGGUUUCUCUCGCGCGCUCAGAAGAAUUGCAGAUUUGCGGCUGCAUCUUCCCCAAGAGUCUGUCCGUUGGCGCAGGCGGCCACUGCCGAGCACCUCUCGGAGGAGUGCAUACCGCUCAGCGAUUUCACGAAAUUCAAGAAACCUUCCCCAGAAAUACACUCCGAGCUGAAAGGAAGCCUCGAUGCCAAAACAUCCUGUGUCUCAGAAGUUCAGGGCCUCGUCAGAAAUUUUGAGGGGAGCUUGCAGAGCCUACGCCUCAAAUUUCAAGAGACUUUGCAACUGUACGAUAAGGUGUUUUCUUGCACCGCUGGCACUGAGGAGGAGCUCGCCCAUGUCCAGCACACGCUUUCUAGCACCUUCUGCUGGAUGAAGAGCGAGCUGGCGACCAGAGAGAGCAAGGAUAAGGCCGACGUCGCCACUGCCACCGACCCCUCGUCCUUCUGGCCGAUCUGCUUCCAGGAAGGUGAGGCCUACGCACUCCUGGAGCAUUACUCUGACUCUCUCCUGAACGCGGUUCAGAAGAAGCUGGAGGAGGCCCGGAAAACCAGCCUGCCUUGAAGGGCCCCGUUCCUGCCCUUCCGCACAUUUUCUGCACAAUGUCCGUUUCGGUGUGACUCCCGAGGAGCUGAGACGGUCCAACAUGAGUACUGAUUCACGGGUUGCCUUUUAGCACUUUGUUUGCAUCCAUAGGAAAAACUCAGAGGUUUGCCCAGAAACACUGACAAUUUGAACACCACCUUUUAUGGGAAAAUAUAAUGCUUUUAUAAGGGCAAGGAAAGACGAAUAAAAUUGAAAAGGGGCGUCUUGAAAUUCUCCUGUGGUGCUGUUUUAAACUCUGGUUGCUGCUCGGCUUUGUAAUGGUUUACUCUUUUUUUUUUUAAAGGUUUUAAAUAUAAUAAAGUA